GAGCUCAUUGUUUGAGAUGUACAGGACUGGCGCAGGAGGGCGUAGAGUACCUGUGACGAGGAUCGCGCGCGCACACGCAGAACAGCGACAUCACAGCAGAGUUCAUUCCGCGUCUCUGCUCUGUCUCACGAUACUUGGCUUUAAACUAACUACUAGACGACUUUCCUGCGUUUUUGCACGAUUUGUGACGAAAGGCAUUUCAAGUGAAGCGCCUGAGGGAAAGAAAGCUGUUUUAUUUUUUUAGGGAAGAAGAGUAAAACAGCAGCAUUUGUGUAUACCAUAGGAAACGGAGGGGUGAGCAGCAGUCUGGUACUCACCCCUCCUGGUCAGACUGUUGAUGCUGAAGAUGUUGACCCAUAGUACAUGUCUGCUGUUCUUCAUGUUGCUGGCUGUUGUGUCCACUCUGUGGGGUUACCCCUUCAGACCCCCGCUAGACCUGGAUGUCACCCCCAGAACUACAGUCCUCUCCAACGGGCUGUUGGGCCUCAGGCGCUUCAGAGGCUCGACACUGAACUACAGUUUAUUGCUGCUGGAGGAGGAGGCAGGCGUGCUGUACGUGGGAGCGAGAGGGGCUUUAUAUGCCCUGCAGGCUAGUGACAUCUCCAGCAGCUCUCCGCAGACCAUUGACUGGGAGGCAUCAGAUGAUCAGAAGCAACAAUGCUUGAACAAAGGGAAAGAUAACAAGACAGAGUGCUACAACCACAUACGAUUCCUGCAGAGGUUCAACAGCACUCACUUGUUUACUUGUGGCACACAUGCUUUCAGCCCACUGUGUGCAUACAUUAAUGAGAGAAAUUUUAAGUUCUCGUCAGCCUUCGAGGAGGGUCGAGAGAAAUGUCCAUAUGACCCCACCAAAGGCUACACUGGCCUGUUGAUUGAUCAGCAGAUGUACACAGCAUCUCAGUAUGAGUUCCGGAGCUUUCCUGAUAUUCGACGUAACUCUCCGAAUCCCACACUGAGAACAGAAGAGGCUCCCACUCAAUGGCUACAAGAGGCUGAUUUUGUGGGCUCCGCGCUGGUGAGGGAGAGCGUCAGUAGCUCAGUGGGAGAUGACGAUAAGAUUUACUUCUUCUUCACCGAGAAGAGUCAGGAGCUCAGUCCAUACUUCAGUCACAGCAGAGUCGCACGGGUCGCUCGUGUGUGCAAGAGAGACAGAGGGGGUCUCCUCACACUGCAGAAGAAGUGGACCUCCUUCCUGAAGGCCCGUCUGGUGUGUUCUUUACCUGACUAUGAGUUUCACUUCAACGUGUUGCGGAGUGUGUUUUUUCUGGAGGGCUCCGGCUCUCAGGACUCUGUUUUCUAUGGCAUAUUUGGUCUGGAAUGGAAAAACGUAAAGGCGUCUGCUAUCUGCCAGUACUCGGUUUUGGAUAUCCAGUGGGCCUUUGAAGGUCCUUACAUAGAAAACAAAGAGGACUCCAGCUCCAAAUGGACCCAGUACACAGGGAAGGUGCCAGAACCACGACCUGGCUCGUGCAUCACAGAUGAUCUUAGAGCAAAAGGCAUCAACUCAUCCAUUAACCUGCCAGACAAUGUCCUUCACUUUGUCCGUCGCCAUCCACUCAUGUACAGACAGAUCCUUCCUCAAGAACAGCGCCCUCUGCUGUUUAGGAGGAAUGUGGACUACACCAAAAUUGCUGUACACAGAGUUACUGCUCUAGAUGGUCAGAUAUACCAUGUACUCUUCAUUGGGACAGACGAAGGUUGGCUGCUAAGGGCUGUGAAGGUUGUUGGUAAGCUGCACAUCAUUGAGGAGCUGCAGCUGUUUGAGGAACCCCAGCCAGUAGAAAGUAUAGUCAUCUCUGAGAAACAGAUGAGUGUGUAUGUGGGUUCGCCCACGUCAGUGGUGCAGUUGCCCUUGUCCACAUGCAGCAGAUACUCCUCGUGCUUUGACUGUGUGAUGGCGCGUGAUCCCUUCUGUGCCUGGGAUGGACUGGAGUGUGUGGAGAUUACAUCACAAAACAGAAGAGCCAAUCUGACACAAGAUAUUCUGAAUGGAAACCAGGGCUGUGAUGAAUCAACAGCAGAUGACCAAGUGUUACACCGCUCUCGCUCUGUGAUGGCGGGUGAUGACGUGCUGCUUCAGUGUGAGCUCAGCUCCAAUCUGGCAACCCCUGAGUGGAUGCUGAAUGGACAGGAACUUCCAGGUUAUGGACUGGACUCUGGUUACCGUGUCGGCACUGACGGUCUCCUGGUCAUCGAGGCACAGCCUUCCCAGAGCGGCAACUACUGCUGCUUUGCCCUGGAGAAUGGUGUCCAUGUUCCUGUGGUGAUCUACAGCUUGACAGUUCGCAAGGAGCUUCCCGUACCUCCUCCUGUUGAGCCAACACGGCCACGGUUGACCACAGCGAUCUACUGGACCAUUCAGUCUUCCAAAAGUGACCCCCCGGAUGACUCCCAUCCAACCCCAAUGUCUCCUCGCUUUGAGUUCCUAUCUGUAAAGAACAUGGAGGCCAUGUACCUCUCCCUAAUCACAAUUCUAGGCGGCCUGUGUUUCGUUCUAACAGUCAUCCUGAUUUAUAUGGGAUUCUGUUUGCAAGGACAGAGGGGUAAAUACUCUUUACGGGCUGCAGCUCGUGCCGAAAGAAAGCGAGGUGCCCACAUGGAGCUGAAGACCAUCUCCAGCCACUGCAAUGGGAAAUCAGACGCUCACGAUGGUCUGCUGCAGAUCGUCCCUGGAGAAGCAACAACGUCACCCAACAAAGAGCUUCCUCCUGCUCCACCUCCCCCACCGCCUCCAGAAUCAGAGUACGUCAAUGGACUCUCUGUCACUUUACCCAGCGUCCUACGCAAGAUGAAUGGCAACAGCUAUGUGUUGUUGAGACAGACAGAUGGAGACACCACGUCUCCACUCUAUUACUCCUUCACAGAGGAGCUCAACAGGAUCCUGGAGAAGAGGAAGCACACGCAGCUGUGUAGUAAACCUGAUGAGAGCUCGGUGUGAAAUCAGCCCACCCUGUGGAGAUGCGAUUGAACUCUCAAGUAUUCAAGGGCAGUGUCCUCGUAUAAUACCCCUUCUUCACCAAGACUAACUUUAACGAGAUUCUAAUGAGUAGCUACAGCUGCUUUUAUUGGAAGCUAAACAAAGCAUUGGUAUUCCUCUAAAAGGAGCAAGCUCCCUCUCCGUUUACAUUUCAGAUGUAGAGCUUGUGACUUUCAACAGACUGAGGAAAGCCUACUGAUCACAAAUAGCAAAGAAGAGACACAUACAAUGGAAAUUCUACCUCAGCAAACGGUACCGCACAGCUUUUGGCUUGUUUCGGCAUGCUUGCUUUCAAUUCGAGAACAAAAGAGCCCAUCUGGGGAAUCGAGUAAAUGAUUCACUCACUCCACACUGGUACCGGAAGAAACAUUUACAAGAGAGCAUUGUAAAAAAGCAACAAGAUGAACUCAAAUGGAGGUAGCGCACCAGGAUGGAGCGUGAAAACUCUAGCGCCGUCAAACACUGAAUGUCUUUGAUAUGCCUUUCAUUUUAAUAUUUUCUAAUUUAUGCCAACACUGACCAUAUCAGUAACAGCUUGUAUUAAUAAUCAUACUUAAAAAGAGCAGGGAUAACAGACUUUAAAAACAAUUAGAAAUGCGCUUGUAGUGUAAAUAUGGCAUUUAUUGUGGGAACCCAGGAAGAUGAUAGUAUUAACCACUGAGAUGCACUUUAUGGACCGGUAGCAUUUGUUUCCAGUGAAGUUGUGCUUAUUGUGACAGAUCUGGAGAAGGCGGAAUGGAUUACAAGGACGGGACCAUUGAGAAAUAUGUGAAAGAGACAAUUUGAAUUGACUCUGAAUUGAAACUGCUGUGAGAGGGAAGACUAAGUAUCUGUUUAACACUGAGAGGGGACCCCUAAAUGUGUCUGGAUUUUGUUUGUCUCAGAUCUGUAUGUCUCUUGUAGUAUAUUAAGUCCACAUGCACAAGAAAGAUUGUGAUUCCUUGUCAGAAUCCUUCAUCAGAAUUCCGAGGUUUCCAUGGCGACCGCAGAGGUAAAGCUGAUGCUGACCUUCUCAGAUUAUCCUUUUGACAUGACCAAUUUUUGCCAAACAGGUCUCAUAGUUUUAACAGGAAGAAGCGAAUUAGAACGACAUCAUGAAAUUAGGCUUCUGCUGCCAGUAAAUAAACUCAAUUCAAUUCUAGUCGGGACAUGAUGAACAAUGAGUAUUGUAACGUGGUGAUAUUGGGGGGUUUAAUUAUCCCCUACACUUCCAGUAAGUCCAUUAAACUGUUGUGCAAAUGUUCGUCCUGGAACUGCUCCAACUGCUCAGACUGCCCACACAUGCGUGCAAGAGCAUUUUGGCGUAUCUCCCACUAUACUUUAGGGGAGCGAAGCACCUGGUUCUGUCUGUUUAGAUCAGAAUAUGCAGAUUGCAGUGGAGCCGAGUGGAGAACAUUAAGGCCACAUGUUCAGAACAGAGCUGAGAUGAGCACUGCUGAUAGUGUAGUUUGCUCUCUCUCUCUAGUGCUUCAUGUUCAGACUUACUGGUUUUGGAGCUGGACUUACUUCUUCACUUUCUGUUUUUUUUCUUUCUUGAACAAUUCAAGAUGUCAUUAUUUAAAUAUUAAUCCUCAUGUCAUCGCAAAGUUGUAUAUUGUUAUUUUUACACAGAAGAAAUAUUUAAGUAUCUUUCUGUGGCUCUUUCUAUGCAAUUUAACUUUAUAGUGACUAAAAAGGAUAAAAUGAACUUGCAAAAAAUUUAAUAAAUAAUAAUAAUACUAUAAAAAAUACCUUUUUCUUCCUCAGAAUAUUUGUCUUGUUUUCCAGUAAAAAUAUCUAAAUAUUCUUAAAUGAAGAAAGAUUUACUAGAAAAUGCCUUAAAAUUAACUGAAUUUAUUCUUAAAGUAAGAAAAAUACACGUUUUACAUUUGAGUUAAGAUUAUUUUUCUUACCCCAUUGAUAGAUCUUUUUUUUGUUUCAAGUGUAGGAUUUUGAUAUUUGAUGUCUUGUUGUGUUCUGAAAAAAUUAUGUUGUUUUGCUUUUCAAGUAUAUGUAUCUUGAUUUAAUAAUACUGUGAUAUUUCUACAGGAAAACGAGACAAAAAUAUUAAGUAGGAAAAUAACAUUUGCAGUGUAGACAUACACCUCAUAUUCCAAAUCUUUUGAAGCCAGAUUCAAAAUGCUUUUCUUUUACGCAGAAGCAACAUUGUUUGAGCAGACCUCUUGUGAAGAAUAUAGCACACAACUCAUAUGGAUGAAUUUUAUUGUACCAUUUUUUGAGCUUGACAGAUUGUUUCCUGCCAUAAAUCAUUCAUGUUUUUUCCUCCAUCACCUCUCCCUCUCUGAAUCCUCCAAAACCCUCUUUUUUAUUUCCAUUUGACAAAUGGCUUUCAUGUCCGUGCAUACACCUCCAUCAUAGUGUCUAAUGAGAGCAGAAUAGAUCUGCACACCGUUCUGACCUCCGCUCUCCCAGAGGGUCACAGUCUGUGAUUAGAUGCUUGUCCUUGUUCAGUUCAUAUGGUCUGCUCCUGCAAUGUUUACAUCCCUUGAGUCUUAUAUUCCUGCGAGAGACGCACUCCUGCGGAUUCUUCUAACAUGCCAGAACAGGUUUGUGGACAAGAAAUAUCUCGUCUACUGCCCGCAUUCAAAGUGAGACUGACAGAGAAACAUCAAAAGAAAGUCUGGAGAACUUUUGGUGUGUUUUUCACAUAUUGCCUGGCUUCAGAAGAUUUAAUAUACCACAUAACGAGUCUUAUUGACCACUUUUAUGUUAUUUCUUAAUGCUGUUUAAUGGCAAGAGCUACAUAAUAUUUUCAGUUUUAUCAAAUAAUCACAGCAUACAGGUUUGGAAUGACAUGAGGGAGAGUGAAUAAUGACAGAAUUCCCAUUUUUGAAUGCACAAACAAAACACAGAACCUUUUGGCUGUAACAUUUUGGGUUUAUUUUUUGAAGGAGAGCCUCAUAUCAACUGAUGCACAGUCCCAAAAAAUGAAAGUUUCAGUCCUUACAAAACAAUAUAUGUCUUUGCAGCGCAGUCCAUAAAGCAUAAUGGAGUCGCCGUUGAGGUUUAUGGGAGAGUUGUUAUUGAUUGUGUUACAUUGUUGUGUUGUUGUACUAUAAAGCCAUUAACUAUUUUCAAUAUGAACUUAGUAUUUCAUGAAUAAUUAAAGAGGUUUAUGCCCAGUAUAGAUGACCAGAAGAGACAUACAUAGUUGAACUGGUCCCUUCAGUAAAUCAUUUUAUUCCAGUAUACAACAUAACUGAAAAAUGUCAGUUGAAAUAUUUAUUUUAUAGCUUUUUUACCGUUUUGUGUAUAUUUAUUUUAGUAAUGUUUCAAACGGGGGUUUUCUAAAUAGUGGUUGGUUAAUGUUUUCAAACAUUAUUUACAAUUUUUGAAAAACAAAAACGAUAUAAAAAUGAAUAUGUAAUAAUGUAAAUAUGAUGCUGAUGAUAAUGAUAAUAAUACAAAUAAUAGAAAUAUAAUUAAACCCAAAUAAGUAGGAUAAAGCAUGUGUUAAUUAAAUUUCCUUUAUUACAGCAUUUUUUUUCUCCAAAAUUGUAAAAAAAAAAUUGUUUCCAGUUGCAUAUGUGCUAAAAUGUUACACAACAUUCCAACUAAGAUGGUAUGCUUCCCAUUCCUCAUUUUGUGUUAAGAGAACAUUGUAAAAGCUCCUGCAAAGCAGACCAUGUCUCAGAGUCAGUGUUGUAUGCCUCUUCAGCCGUGGGUAGGAUUGUGUGGGCUGCCUCUGGAACUGCAUUUAAUAAAGCUGGUACGACCUGUGCCUGGCACCAUGGUGAAAAACACCAUCGAAUUAUUAUCAAUUUGCUUAAUGUUUAAGUCCGCUCUCUUCAUGCAAGAAACAUUCAUUCUCGACUGUCUUUCCCUGUGUGCGUUCAAAUAGGCAUAACCCAAGGUAUGCAUUUAAUGUGUACCGUAUGCGUUUCCUUUUGUCCAUGGGUAAAGUGUUAUGCUUUGUGUUUAAUUAACACGGUAAUACUACAGGGACGUGCAUGCAGGGAGGAGGCUGAGAAGUGUGAAUUAAUUAUGUUCAACAUCAGAAACUUGUAAGUCUGUUUACAUCUGCCCUAGUAAAUUCUUUUAAUAAACAGUAUUGAUGCUUCA